AUGCGUCAGCCAGCAGCCCAAAGCAGGAAGCUACAGUCUAGCCACUGGUUUGAGCCAUGCAUCAAGCCGUUGUGCGAAGACACCCUGGGGACGUGCAUCGACACUGCGGCCCACAAGUGGGGGGACCGUGUCGGCUGGGCCUUCGUGCAGGAAGGGAGGCUGUGCACUUACGCCCAAUACAAGGAACAGGUGGACAGUUUGGCCCGAGGCCUUCUUUCUGCGGGAUUUUCCAAGGGUGACCCUUUGAUGAUCUGGUCCCCGAGCACCUUUCACUGGACUCUCAUGGCCGGUGCUGCAGCCAAAGCUGGCGUACUUUCGGCAAGCACGCACUUCGGCCUGACUCCUCCAGAAUUCGAGAAGUGCCUGACGACUGUGGACUUCAAAGGUAUCUACAUUCCACAGCCAUUCAAGAUCUUCAACUACUACGAGAUGCUGUGUUCCCUAAUACCUGAACUGAAGGACUCCCCGCCAGGGCAGCUCAAGUCGAAGAAGUAUCCAUCCCUGAGGACUGUCAUCAUCGACAGUGACCAGAGCAUGCCGGGCUGCGUUGCUCUGCGAGAUCUGAUGCAAGGGGGAGAGGCCGACCUGCAGGCAGCACAGAAAGGUGUGACCGCUGGCGAUCCGUUCACCAUAGUGUUCACUUCCGGCACGACUGGAACACCUAAGGCUGCUGUGCUGAGCCACAGCAACUUCAUCAACAACGUCCUCAUGUAUGACCAGAGGGCUAAGCUCACGCAGGAGACUGUGAUGUGCAACCCGCUGCCCUUCUUCCACGUGUACGGCCUGAGCGUGGUACUGGCUCGUACACUGGUGCUGGGUGCCAAGGCCGUCGUGCCAGCACCUGCGUACGAUGCUGCUGCUGUCCUGAAGGCCGUCCAAGAGCACAGAUGCACCGAGCUAUAUGGUUCGCCCACCAUGUUUGUGGACAUCAUCAACUCUCCACUGAGGAAACAGUUUGACCUUUCUUCUCUGCGGCAAGGAGAGUCUGGUGGAAAUGUCGUCACCCCUGCAAUACGUAGCCUUGUCCGAGAAAAGCUCCACGUCAACGUGAGGGUGGGCUUUGGCACUUCUGAGCUGACCACGGCAGCGAUAGUGACGAGCAAUGAUGACCCUGACGACAAGCAGCUAAACACUGUUGGUCGACCACUGCCGGGCCUGGAGGUGAAAAUUGUGGACCCCAGCACAGGCGCAGUGCAGCCAACGGGCACGCCAGGGGAAGUCUGGGGUCGGGGUCCUAAUGUCUUCCUGGGCUACUACGGUGAUGAACAGAAGACCAAGGAGGCCAUGACACCCGAUGGAUUUUACAAGACGGGUGAUGUUGGAAUAAUGGAUAACGAGGGCUUCGUUACCAUCGUCAGCCGGCUCAAGGAUGUGGUGAAUCGCGGCGGCGAGAAGGUGUACCCGACCGAGGUGGAGGAGUUGUUUAACACUCAUCCAUCCAUCCAGGAGUGUCACAUCAUUGGCGUGCCAGACGAACGGUUAGGCGAAGAGGUGUGUGCCUGGAUAGUGCUCAAGCCAGAUGCAAAGGUCACAGACGAAGAACUCAAAGAGCACUGCAAGGGCAAGCUGAGUCACUUCAAAAUUCCUCACUACUUCAUCUAUGAUGCCAAAGUUCCCAAGACGCCCAUAGGAAAACCACAGAAGGCUCAAAUGCGGCUGUUGGCUGCCGAAAAGCUUGGCCUUGCAAGAUGAUUCCAAAGAUGUCUGUGAUCCGUGCCUUACAAUUUUUUCUAGUAACGACUGCCGUGAGAUUUUUUUAUAUAUGUCUGCGUAGUGCAGACAUUGCACAAUAUACUGAUUCAGUCUAUGGAAGCGUUUGCUACUUUUACAACGUAAGCUGUUACGACGUCAUUCUAACAGCAUAUUUUUGCGGAGAUGCUGUCCUCUGCCACCAUCAAUGGGAGCCUUCAUGCAAAUUAGUGAGAAAAUAAAAUAAUAACAGCCCACCUUGCAAAUGAAA